AACUCGUUCCCCAAAAAUGUAACCGAGACAUAAUGGCCCAAGCGAUAAAAAUUUCUUUUUAUUAUACUCCAACCCGAAAUCCCUAUAAAAACGAAAAAUUCCCAAAAACACCACAGUCACUUCCAGACACUGACCAGAAUGGCGCACCUUUUCGUCUUCACCCUUUUUGUCGUUACGAUUGCCACAACCCUUGCCGCGACCACGCACCCCACCCAUGGCGGCAUAGACACCCAUCACGAGAAGCCCAGACCCGACCAUCGCCCCGAACACCACCAUGAAGAGGAGCAGAGACCUGGGGAACACCACCACGGGGCUGGGGAGCACCACCAGGAGCAAAGACCGGCAGGGCACCACCAAGGGGAACACCACGGAACGAGUGGAGAGCAUCAUCGAGAGGAGCAGAGACCGGCAGGACAACACCAUGGAGAGACGGCGGGUGAGCAUCACCGCGAGGAGCAUAAACCAGGACAAGGGGAGCAUCACCAUGGGCAGUAAAUUUAUGUUUUAUGAGUUAAUGGCGAGUUUUCAUGAAUAUAAUAUCAUUUGAAAUAUUUUUGGUGUUUUAAUUUAUUAUUGGGCGAAACCUUGAUUAAAAUAGUGACCUUCGGGUUGAUCAUCACGUAGUGCAUCCACGUUUUUACAUUUUAUGUCUAGUUGAAGAACCAGCACGACCAGUAUUUUGUUUUUUUGUUUGAAAUGGUAAUUUUGCCCUUUAAUUUACGCUGCUAUAUAAACGAAACAACUCUCGCUCUGACUUGAACACAGUCGAACAAUGAAGUCCAAGUUGAUGAUCGUUUUUCUUUUUAUUGUCGGGGUUGCCUUAGUGGUUUCUUCUCCCACUGGUGAAGAGCCAAAAUCAGACUCUUCGUCGGCUUUGCCUGGAAGUGUUAACAACAAUGGAAACGUUGGAGUCAACGCUGGUGCUUCAGGCCAACCGGUGAGAUACGGCCAACAGGAUCAAGCCAAAACAAAAGUGUAACUUUUUAAUGAAUAAAGAUGCUAAAAUUUGA